AUGCCAAACACUGAAGUAUUAGAAGUAUCAGAAAAUCCAGCAGUUCUGGAAUCAAAAAAACGGAAACUAAGUGUUUCGACUGUUUCAACUACGGAUUCUUCGAAAUUGCUCGUUAAACGUCUUAGUGAAAAGGCUAAACUACCCGUACGCGCUUCUCCACUGGCUGCUGGCUAUGAUUUGUAUAGUGCUGUAGAAAUGGUUGUUCCAGCUAAAGGAAAAGUUUUGGUUCCUACCGACAUAUCUAUUGCACUUCCCGAAGGAACAUAUGGCCGCGUCGCGCCAAGAAGCAGCUUAGCAUUGAACCAUUUCCUUGACUGUGGUGCCGGAGUUAUUGACGCUGACUAUCGUGGGCCGGUUGGCGUUCUCCUGUUCAAUUUCAAUGACAAAGAUUAUAUAGUUAAAGAAGGUGAACGUAUUGCCCAAUUAAUUCUCGAAAGGAUAUACACUCCAGAAGUAGUUGAAACUGAUGAUUUGGGAUCGACUGACAGAGGAAGUAAAGGUUAUGGAUCAACCGGUCAAUUUUAA